AUGGCCGAAGACGUAGCAACAUCGGAAAAAGACAACGGCGGCAACGUCGUUGAUUACAACUCACCAUAUUACCUGCACCCUUCCAAUUACCCUAGACAAAUGCAAGUCAACGAUGCAUUGUCAGACAAAAAUUAUGCGGAUUGGGUACAGGAGAUGGAGAAUUUCUUAUUCGCAAAAAAUAAGAUCGGUUUCAUCAAUGGGUCAAUUGAAAAGCCAGAAAAGACAUCCAAGGAUUACAUGCCAUGGAUGAGAGUGGAUGCGAUGAUAAAGGGGUGGCACACCACUGCCAUGGAAAAAGAAAUAAGAGGCGGCAUGAAAUACGCGAACACCGUUGUAGAGAUGUGGAUCGAUCUUCGUGAACGAUUUGGGAAAGAGAGCGCACAGAGGGCAUACGAACUGAAAAACAAGAUCGCUGUCACACACCAAGACGGAGCCAUCGUUUCGGCUUACUACACAAAGCUUCGAUCAUUAUGGGAUGAAAUCCAGUCGGUGUUCCCCAUCCCAUAG